AUGAGGCCCAGGACAGGCCAGGUGGAUCAUGAGGCCCAGGGGCCAGGCCCUGACCUCAGGCAGCGCUGGCCCCUGCUGCCGCUGGGCCUGGCUGUGGGCAUCCGUGGCCUGGUGUCCCCGAUGGCAGCAGCGUGGAGUAGGGCCCCAGGCCUGGGAACCAGGGCAGGAAGCAGCUGGUCCAGCCUGCAGAGACUGUGGGGCAGGAUCCUGCUGCAGCCCAGCCCCUGGAGGGCAGGCCCCAGGUGCUGGCCCUGUGGGUUUUGGUCUGAGCCUCAGUCACCGUGGAAUGUUUUUGGCGGCGGGACCCAGUUAACCGUCCUAGGUCAGCCCAAGGCCGCCCCCUCCGUCACUCUCUUCCCGCCCUCCUCUGAGGAGCUCAAAGACAACAAGGCCACACUGGUGUGUCUGAUGAGUGAUUUCUACCCGGGUGCCGUGACGGUGGCCUGGAAGGCAGACGGCACCACCGUCACCCAGGGCGUGGAGACCACCAAGCCCUCCAAACAGAGCAACAACAAGUACGGGGCCAGCAGCUACCUGACCCUGUCGCCCCAGCAGUGGAAUUCCCACAAAAGCUACAGCUGCCAGGUCACGCACGAAGGGAGCACCGUCGAGAAGACAGUGGCCCCUGCAGAGUGUUCUUAGGUCCCCAAACCUCACCCACCCACGGGGGCCUGGAGCUGCCAAAUCCCAGGGGAGGGUCUCCCCUUACUCCCCCACCCCAGUCACCCCAGCCCUUCUCCCUCAACUCAUAAAUCUCAAUAAACAUCCUCACUGUCAAUCAGAAA